AAGCGAGCAGCUGGAGCGGCUGUGCGAAGACGACAACGUGAAACUUUCGAAACUGCUGGCGGCGUUGCCUCGCGACGCCACGUCGGUGAGCUCCGCGCAGCGCGAAGACGACUCCGGUGCGGGCGCGGGCACGCAGCGCCGCAUUAUUAAAGUGGCACUGGCACGCGGAGACGAGGACGAUGGACCGCAGCAGGCAAACCAGGGCGCACUGCUGGUACCAAGUACGCCGGACCAGGGAUGGGCCAUCGGCGGAUUCCGCUUCCGCUGGGCGCAGGUGGACGUGACGAGCGAUACCGCGAAUGUCGGCUCGGAGCCACAGUUUCGGGAGGAAAGCACCGUUUCCUCGAUGCUGGACAGCAUGAAUGCCAUCACGUGGGACAACGCCAAACACAAGGCCAGAGUGCAGGUGCGGAAAAGCUUUGGUUUCUGUUGAAAAAGAUAAACAGAACAAGUUUUGUUUCUGUUGAUGAUGCUGUUCUUAAUUCUUGUUUACGACUGUGCAUGUAUGAUGAUGCAUUUCGAGGGUAUAAUUGAGUCGGUGUAUUUUGACCGAGUACCUGUCACAGUUUGUACUUUGUAGCAAUCAUCUCCUGCUGCCGCACACAUGCUUCGUUUUUUUUGCUGAAAGUAUGUUCAUUUUUAAUUUUCAAAUUUAGGUCGUGUACCAGCGCGAGAACGACCAGCCGCCAUUGCAAGUCGUGGAGCAGAAUUUCAGCCCGGACGAGGUACGCAGGCAUUCGCAGGAUGCUGGCGGCGACGUGGCUUCGAUGCCCCCGUUGCAACAGUGGCUUCACUGGGCGAAGUUGCUCUUGUUUCGGUCGGCGGUGAUCGCGCACGAAAAAGCCGUGUUUUUUGAACUCGAGGGAUUCCCGCUGAACGGCGCCGACGCUGAGGGCAACACGUGGUUCGAGGUGUUGGGAGACGCGAACACCGUAUUGCGGGAGACGGACGUGAUCGCGCUGUCGCACGACGACCUAGCGUGGCACAAGAUCUUUCGUCCCCUGUUCGCGGACUCCUGCGAGGGGGCGCGGGCGAAGCAAAACCCGAACAAACGCGGCGGUCAGCCGUGUUCGUUGGAAGAGAAAGCCAUUCCCUAUGUGCAGUUCCAGGCGGCGGACGACAAUAACGACAUCCCGGCUCAUUUUCAGUACAUCGC